AUGGCAGAUAUCUUAAAUAUUCAACAACCAAUAAUUUUUGAUGAGUCAAUUGCUCAUUAUGAGUCACAUACCCAUCAGCCGUAUGCUUCAUCAACACUGAAUAAUAAUGAUGAAGUUCGUAUUACCAUUCAAAAUCAGAAUUUGUACAUACUUCCGAGCAAAAGUACACUACAUGUUCUUGGUAAAUUUACAAAAGACGACAACACCGCUGUUGCUGCUACUACGAAGCUUGUCAACAUGAGCAUUGGUCACAUGAUUAAAGAAUUCCGUUUAUUGAUGAAUGGUGUUGAAAUUGAUCGAAAUACCAAUGUUGGUAUCACCAGUACGAUGAAAGGAUAUUUGUCUUUCAGCCCAAAUCAAUUAAGCAGUUUAGAAAAUGCCGGCUGGUAUACAAAUGAUGGAACUGAAGUCACCAAUGAAGAAGGAUACUUUGAUUUAUCCAUUCCACUGAAUAUAUUGUGUGGCUUCGCAGAAGAUUAUUUAAAAAUUCUAAUGAAUGUUCAGCUUGAAAUCAUUCUUACAAUAGCUAAUACUGAUAUAAAUGCUUAUAUACAAAUGAACGCAGCAGCAGAAAAUGUAAAAGUUACUCUUCAAAAAAUUGAAUGGAUUAUGCCAUACAUAACACCAUCAGACAAAGAAAAAAUCCAAACAUUGAAUUAUAUUACUGGCGAUCCAGCUAUUCCAAUAAGUUUCAGAACUUGGGAAUUAUAUGAAUAUCCAUUGUUACCCGCAACUUCAAAUCAAAUUUGGGCUGUCAAAACCUCAACACAGCUAGAGAAGCCGCGUUGUGUGAUUCUUGGAUUCCAAACAGCAAGAAAGAAUGAUUCUAAAAAGAAUUCCAGUCAAUUUGAUCAUUGCCAGAUUCGAAACAUCAAGCUAUUUUUGAAUUCUCAAAGCUAUCCUUAUGGGGACUUGAAUCUAAAUAUAAAUAACAACCAGUAUGCUUUAUUAUAUGAUAUGUACUCGAACUUCCAAACGUCAUACUACAAUAAAGAAGCAGAACCGAUAUUGACUAAGAAAAAAUUCUUACAAGAAGCACCACUUUGUGUCAUCGACUGCUCCAAACAAAACGAGGCUAUAAAAUCUGGACCAGUAGAUAUUAGAUUGGAAUUCGAAUCAUUAGCUCCAUUUCCAGCCAAUACAACUGCGUAUUGUCUAAUUAUUCACGAUCGUAUUAUUGAAUAUAAGCCUAUAAGCAACACUGUGCGAAAAUUAAUGUAA